CUGACGGCGACGUUCUCAACAUCCUCGGCUGAGCUUAUAGGCACUUUAAGCUUCGACCGAGUUCUCUUCGGGGAUAACAUGUGGGGCGCAGGUGGCUGGGAAAGCCUGGAACGACGGAUCUUGGCAGGUACGGUGACGUUCGGCCGUUCGGUCCACACCGACCUCCCUACUUGUAGAGACAUAUAAGACGCUGCACCAAGCUCCAUUGCAUUUUGAGCAUAUCUAUUCAUCCUACAACCUACAAGCAUAUAUCACUCAAAAAACCACAUCGCAAUGUACACAUCCAUCAAGACUCUCGCCGCAGCCAUUGCUCUGCCCCUUGUGGCAGCCCUCCCUCUCAGCCACCGCUCCGAUGCCGUUUUCGACAGCAGCAAGCCCUUCACUCUCCACACUGAAGUCGUCAACGGUACUUCGGCCUUCUGCGGACAGUACUUGACUUCGUUCCAUGUCGGCGCUGGUCAAUCCACUGUGGUCGGAAGCAAGAACAGCAGCAUUGCCAUCGGAUGGGACUCGAUUCUCCAACACAAUCUAGCACACGAAAGACAUCAUAAGAAACACGACUCCAAAGUCGAGCAUACUGGGACACGGACGCAUCAGCAUUGGGCUAUAAUUGGACAGGACAGCAUAUGCAUUGCGACGGACUGUCAAAAACACGUCGGUUUGGCGUCACGAUACCACAAAACUACACCUCACGAACCUGUAUAGAUAAAGAUUAAAUGAUAAUGACCACCACAACUCCAUGAUCUUGUUUAUCCCGAA